AUGGCGGACGUCAAUGUUGACGAUUUGCUGAAGCAGAUGCAGCGUUUGAAGGAAGAGCUGAAGAAUCACAAGAAUGCCGGAGAAGGCGCCGCGCCAACCGCCUCCACGACUGCCCCGGUGAAGCGCGAGAAGAUCGCCGAGAUGAGCUCCGAGGUCGUCGACUCAAACCCCUACAGCCGGCUGAUGGCAUUGAAGCGGAUGGGUAUCGUCAAGAACUACGAGGCUAUUCGCGAGAAAACGGUUGUCGUCGUUGGUGUAGGAGGCGUGGGCAGCGUUGUCGCCGAGAUGUUGACCCGCUGUGCGAUCGGGAAGUUGAUUCUAUUCGAUUAUGACAAGGUUGAAUUGGCCAACAUGAAUCGUCUCUUCUACCAACCCCACCAGAGCGGCCUCUCCAAAGUUGAAGCCGCCAAGCAUACAUUGAUACAUAUCAAUCCUGACGUCGAGUUCGAAACGCAUAAUUUCAACAUUACCACUGUCGAGAAUUUCAAGAUAUUUGUAGAUAGGAUUAGGCACGGUUCGUUAGCCGGUGGAAAAGUGGAUCUGGUCCUGUCGUGCGUCGACAAUUUCGAGGCCAGGAUGACUGUGAAUACGGCCUGUAACGAAGAGGAUCAAACGUGGAUGGAGUCUGGUGUGAGCGAGAAUGCCGUCUCUGGCCAUAUCCAGUACCUGGAACCCGGGCGGACGGCGUGCUUCGGAUGUCUCCCCCCACUCGUUGUUGCGUCAAACAUUGACGAAAAGACGCUGAAACGCGAUGGCGUAUGUGCCGCUUCAUUGCCAACGACUAUGGCCAUCGUCGCCGGGUUUCUAGUACAAAAUACAUUAAAAUAUUUGCUCCACUUUGGCGAAGUUUCGAUGUAUGUAGGCUACAACGCGUUGCUCGACUUCUUCCCCCGAGAGGAGAUCAAGCCCAACCCUCACUGUGAUGACAGCUUCUGCCGGCGGCGGCAAAAGGAGUAUAAGGAACGAAAGGCAAACGAGCCGCAAGCUGAGAUCGUGCUCGAAGAAGAAGAGGUCGUCAAGCACGAGACCAACGAGUGGGGGAUCGUGUUGAUUGACGAGAGUGAGGUGGUCGAAGACCAAAGCCGAAAAGUUGCCGCCGGGCUCGAGUUCCAGUAUGAGGCCGCGAAUACAGUGGAACCGGAACCCGAAGAAGAGGAGACCUCCGCCGCGCCGGUCGACGUCGCCGCGCUGAUGGCCAAGCUGAAGGGGCUGAAGAAU